CAGCGGUGAAGCGUCCACAGCCGCCUCCUGUCGUUCAGACAGAGGGAGAGAGAGGGGGGAAGGACGGAGAAUGGCGACCGUGCAGUGCACUAAAUGCACGGCAGAAAGAAAAGGGUUUCGGCGGGAACUUGAUUCUUGGCGACACAAACUGAUACACUGCGUUGGAUUUGAAACUAUUCUGGAGGGAAUCUAUGGCCCAUUGCUGCUGAGAGACCUCAAUUUAUUUGAUGACUGUGAACCCGAAGCGGUGGACGACUGGUCCCCGGAGUCAAGCCGCUCUCAGUGUUCGUUCUGCAACCUUCCCCUGGACAAACUCAGUGAUCAAGUACCUGCAGCCACGUCGCCCCUGUCCUCCCCCUCUGAUUACUCUGAGAGCAGCCAGUCAGCACAUAGGUUCCUCCAAGCUGUGUUUCACAAGAAAGAUGUGCCCUCGGGCUGUGAUUCCAACAUACCUCUGAUUGCCCAGGAGCUGAUGAAGAAGAUGAUACAUCAGUUUGCUAUGGAGUACGCGUCCAAGUGCCUACUCCCCACCAAUACAAAUGGUGUUACAAGGACCUCCUCACCCUUGUCAGAAACAUCAGAUGCCCCUCUUGACCUCACCGUGAGCCGAACACAGGAGCAGAAAGAGAGUCAACCUGACCCAGCAGACGGCGUGCUAGACCUCUCCAACCGGAAUUCUGCCUGCUCAGCAACUUCAUCCAAUCACAAAGCGUCAGGCUCCCUGCUGCCGUCAAUCACAGAGGACCUGGGAGAUCUGGGACAGCGAGGGGCUAAGUUUCAUCACAGUUCUGCGUUGGAUGCUGUUCUAAGUUCUCUCUGUCCACCACACCGAUCCUUACUCUCCCAGAUCCUGAAGCUGGCACACCAGGAAAAGUUACUGUCGUUCCUUAAUCACAGACCUGUAGGCCAGACUGAAUCUCACUGCUGUCACUGUGGUGUAAACCCACAGGACAACAGUACCCCUCAUUCAGUCACAUUAAAUGAAUGUAAAGCCCACAACCGCAGCCUCUACUACCCUUUAACUGAUUGUGAGCAUCAAAGUCAAGGCAGCACAGGGUACCAUCUAGGAGACUCCAAGUCCAACUGUAGCAUCCAUCACUUCUCUUUGAAAGACUGUAACAGUGAAGGUCAGCGAGGAUCAAGGUAUGACUGUGUGCAGAGGUGCAGGAUGGAAACUUACACUGUUUUAUCCUCCAAGAGGUUGCAUUGCAUUUCCUGCCAAAGCCUGGCUGAUGGUCAUACCAACAAAAUAGUGUGUUCAUUUGCAUCCUUGUCCCCGUUAUCCCAGUCCCCUCCACUGUGCACUCCCUCCACGAAUUUCUGCCCUCCGUCAUCGAACUCUUCUAACCAACACAACCACCACUCUUGUCCCUGUUAUCUAAACCAGGUCUGUCUGACACAAGUCAGGAAUACAGUAGAAAGAGGGGCGGCAGAUGGGGAUCCUCCUUGUCCUGUCUUGAAAAGAGAGCAGAGCCCCUCUCCUCCCCCUCUUUCCCCCAUCCCCUCAGACAUGGGUAAGAAAACUGAUGAAAAACCACCCUCUCUUCUUCAUCAUAGACAAGAAGAGGAAGAUGACCUGAUGGUUAAAGACAGUCUUGUGAGUGCUAACCACCAGGAAGCCAAUGUGGAUACAGCUACAGAAGACGAGCUACAGUGUAUGACACCAGGAAGUAGUCAGGCUGAACAGAACCCAAGUGGCGCUUUACUGCAAGACGUUAUGAAUCGCUUCAGUGAGAAACUGGAAACAAUCAGACCGCUCGACAGGGACCCAACUCUGGUUUCCACGGCCAUCUGUGUUUCUGAGGAGCAGCAGACGCAGUCACCCUCAACCAGUCAGAAUCUGGAAAUUCAUGCUGAUGCCCACCUGACUGAAAUCAUCACCACAGUGCUUCACACAGGCAGUGCCAGUGACUACAAUCUCAGCGAGCUCUUCAGUCGCCAUGAUAAUGGAGAGGCCAAGUCCCCCAAUACCCGCUCCCGUCGUCGCCAGGAAGUCCUUGCUGCUAUAGCAACACCUGCUGAUGAUGCUUCAACCAGACGGCAUACCUUACAAAUCAAACGGGAGCUUGCUAUGCUUGAUCAGUCCUGCAGUAGGGGAAAGGUGCGACUAGGAAAGAAGGCAAAACUGAAAGAUGAAAAUGUUUCUGUAACUACAUGCAUUUCACCAGACCCAAACCUAGUGAAAGAGGUGUCUAAAAGAGAAUCUGAAGCAGGUGUAGCACAUGUAGACAGUUGUCGAGAAAGGAAGGGACCACUGAACAUGCCGUCUGCAGAAAGUGACAGGCAUGAAGUAAAGGAAGAAAUUCAAACAGUUAUAGUAACAGAAGAAAUUCAGAUCAUUAAAACAGAGGGGAAAGAAAGGGAAAUAUCAAGUGAAGAAAAAGAUCUUACUUUCUCAGGUAUUCAAGUACAAACCCCUGAGCUAAAGUGCAAGUAUAGCAAACAAGGCUCAAAGGAUGACAGUGUUCAAACACAGGUGAUUACAGUGACUGCAACCUCAGCUAAACAGUGUGGUCAGCCCUGUAGAGAAGACGGUAAGGGUGGCAGCGCUGAAAGUGAUGGUAACCACAAAGAAACUCCAUUAGAUCAAAGCUGUGACACUGGCAACAGACCAGUUAAUGGUAAAGACUGCAGUAGAGAAAGACAGAAAUGUCAAUCAAACCACUCCAAGGGGGCCAGAAAGUCUGGAAGAAGUAUUGUCCCUCCACAGCGAUUCUCCUCCUAUGUCACAGAGCCCAGAAAGAUGUUCUUUGUUGCAUGUUUCUCUGAAAGCAUCUUUAACCAAGGAGCACAAAAGGACAAGGUUUUGACAUCUAGCACCUUGCAUGCCUUAUCCAAAGAUCCAGAUGAAUCAACAAAUGAAGCCUGUCUGUCCUCUAAUGAGCACACAGGGAAGCCUGCCUUUGAAUCAACACAGAAAGAACAACAUGGGCCAUCUUGCACAAAAGAUCAAUGCCAGGUCUCUCCCCAAAGUGUGGCUGCCAAAGAGAAGAAUCCUAAAAAACGCAGCUUGGACAAUAGGACAGAUAUCAGCGACUUGGCUGCCACACCUUAUGGAAGGCUACGAUCAUCUCCGAGAAGACUACAGCUCUCAAAGAUGCAGAAAAGCCCAUCAGAUGAGGAUGUCACCAUCAAACCCACUACCCGUGUAGAGAGUCCUACCAACUUCCAAGUCCAGUACAUUAGUCCAAUUAAGCUCAUGUUUGUAUCACCAGUUAAGGAUAAAGAUGGAGUGAAAUAUAGUCUCAAGUCAGCAAGCAAUGGUUCUGGUACACAGGCAGAAGAGUCUUUUGACCCCUGUGAAGAGUCUUCUUGGUCAGGGACACCUCAGAAGCACAAAAGCAAGAACAAUGAGUCUGUGACAUCACAAGCAAAAUCUAGUUUUUCACCACUGAAAUCUGCUACCUCACGCACAAGAUCUGCUUGUUCACCAACAAAGUCUGCUUCUUUACCAUCCAAGUCUGCGUCUUCAACACCCAAGUCUGCUUCUUCACCACCCAAGUCUGCGUGUUCAACACCCAAGUCUGCGUCUUCGACACCCAAGCCUGCUUCUUCACCAACUAAGUCUAGUUCUUCACCAGCGAAGUCUGCCUCUUCAACGCCCAAGUCAGCUUCUUCACCAGCAAAGUCUACUUGUUCACCUGCCAAGUCAACUUCUUCACCAACUAAGUCUGCCUGUUCGCCCAGGUCAACUUCCUCAUCACCUAAAAAUGGUUCCAGAAAAUCAGGUGACGGCACUCCAACUAAACGUGUAGCUGGAACCGAAAGCCAGGGAUCACCAGGUAACUUGUCAUCUUUCCAUGAAACCACUCCUCCAAAAAGGCGUCCAGGCCGGCCAAAGAAGCUGGGACCACAGCAAGAACAGAAAGAGAAGAGGCCCAUUGGUCGACCACGUAAGCAGAAGGCUGUGGAUGCAGCAAUUGGGGAAAAAACGGUAAAUGGAAAAUGUCUUUUAGCAUCUGAUGUUGAGGAGAAUGUAAACAAGAACCUCAAAAUAACAGUAAAGUAUGGUCGUUCAAGGAGAAACAAGCGAAUCGUGUCUGAAGGCUUUGAACAGUUGCAAACAGAAUUCAAUGAUGCUUGGCAAGCCGCGGGUUGUAAAAGUGACUUGGGCAUUUUAUUGCACAACUCUAAGAGCAGCUUAGGUAGUAUCAAACCAGCCUCAGAGGAGUUGGAUUUUGUCAGCCCUGUGAAAGAGCUUGCCCCCCAAUCUGGCAGUAACAUCAAAUGUCAGAAGCAAAGUGAAUCUGUCCCCUCGAGGAAACCAGGCAGACCAGCAAAAGUUAAAAUCUCUGGAAUUUCAGUCACAGUGACUACAGUCUCACCUCGACAGCGCAAAAUUCAAAUAAAUAAAGAUUCUCGGCAGUCACCUGGCACAAUAAUUCAUAAGAAAGUAAUUCUACCAGAAUUCAAAUCUGCCAAAGAGCCCUGGACAAUCAGUCACCAGUUAACGAGCAAAAGGAGUCAAACAGUGGAAGGGAGCGAGACAACAGAUGAAAAUAAAGACGGACUGCCAGAUCAGCCUGUGGCAGUGCGACACUCACUGAGAGUGAGAAAACCCUCCAUCCACUUUCUGCAUGCUGUUGCCACCUCCAGAUCGUACAGUCGCAGUAACGCUCUGGUGCGGCGCUCGAAACAACUCCUGCUAAACAAGGCCAGCAAUGAAAGGCGACUGGAGGAGCAACAGACUAGUGUGGAAACUUCAGGGGAAAAACGACAGCGUUGUGGACAAGAGAGGAAGGGUGGCUCUCAGGACCUGAGCAAAGUGGCAGGAGUAUCUGUAGAUUCAAUCUUUACACCUAAAGAGACACUACGGUGGUGGGAAGCAUCAACUGAGGAGAAGACAAUGAACCAGGAGCUUGCCAGGCGAAUACGAGUCAUCUCUGACACCUGGGUCUCAGACACUGUAGAGAACCAAGAAAAAGAAAUUGCCUUUAACUCCCAACUAGGUACUAAAGGCAACAGUUCAUUUACCAGGAAGUCAAAACAUUCCUCUGUGGUUCGAACGCUGUUUGACUGUCCAGCUAACAAGCCAAGGUCCUAUAGCAUGCAGCAGAUCUGCUCCUGGUUUAUGCAGACCACAGAGACGCAAUCUCUGGCUAUUGUCAAGAAGGCAAGCUCCCGUCCUUAUGAACCUCGGCACUUUCCUCGUUCUGCCAGUACAAAAAGUAUUUGCUACAGUCCUCAGGCAGAGCGACUCCGUAAACACAUCAAGAAGUUUGCCAAAACUGUGCCAAAAAGUCCUUUGCAACAUCGGCAGGCUCAGAGACGGCUGAGGAAUAGGAAUAAGGAAGCACAUAAUAUCAGACGACAACUUUUCAAACCCAGCUUUCCAACAGGCAAGUUCAGUCAAGGAGUCCAGUGCUGGAGAAACAGAACAUAUUUUAAAUACCAAGUCGCUCUGUUUAGAGCAAGGAAAAGGCUUCUAACGCGGAAAGAAAGGGAGAGGUGGCGAAAGAGGCAAAGGAAUAGAAAAAACAUAAAUGUAGCAAGAAGUUGCUCAAAUGGACAUGUAGUAACUGGACUGCAACCAAAACGGAAAGCAUUACGCAGAUCAACAAGAGAUCUAUUUUCUGGGUGUUGGUGGAGCUGGAAGUGGAUGGAGAACAGAUCUGUGAUCAGGUCUGCUUACCAGACUCAGGAGCCUGUGGAUGUACGCAAAGAGCGGAACCUCUGCUCGAAAGCCUGGAGCCCUGAGUCCCUGAAGGAAUGCCGGGUGUUGUUGAGGAAGAUCAACUCUCCAGACAACGAAUCAGCUGAGGAGGAGUCGGACUCCUGUACUGUGACACUGGAUGACGGGUCGCCUUCUGCAUGCCUCUUUGCAGGAAGAGAGAGGGAACUGGUAGGAGUUGUUAAAGCUGUGAAAACUGAGAGGAGAAGGAGCGUGAGCAGGAGGACUGCCUCGAGAGAGCUGGCGGGUUCUGCACCUAGAUCGGUCCAGGAGCAGGGUGAAAUGCCAGUGGGAAGGAUGAAACGCAAAAACAGAAGUCCCGGGGUUGUGUCUACUGAACCAUCACAACCACCACCAGCGAAAAUGCUGAGACAAUCGCGAAUGAGGGGCCUAACCGGGCUAAAAUGGCGUGACUAUGUGUUUGAAAACUAAAUGAAGCGUGGGGCCUCCUCUUCCUGGGAAAGGGACUGUGGUUUAACGUGGUGCCUUUGGACAUUGAGCUGACCACGUGGACUGACCAUCCCACUAUGGUUCAGUCUUACACUCAGCAAUUAUGUAGCAGUCUAAC